UUAGACGAAACUCUUCUGGAGAGGUUUGAAAAUGCUGUUCAAGCUUUAGGAAAUGUGCUUCCUCAUAUCCAACAUUUACAUUCAUUUGCCACCUUGUCCGAAAUUGCACACAAUCUCCGGCUAAUGUACUGGGACUACAUUCGUCACAGUGAUUUUCCUUGUCGUUCGAGAUGUUCUCAAGUAGCCGUUUUGUCAUUAAGUUUACCAGAAACUAUUAAAACCGGACAACCAGGAAGACCCAAGUUUGAUAUAAAUGAGGAAACUCUAAUCGAGCUGAGGACACUGGGCUUUAACUGGAAUGAAAUAGCUCGAAUGCUAUUGGUGUCACGCUGGACAAUUCAGCGCAGAGUCGCUGAAUUUGGGUUAGAGCAUUUGUCAAAAUUUGAUGAAAUUAGUGAUGAUGAGCUGGACAACAAAGUGGGGAACUUUUUGCAAGAACAUGGGUGCUUUGUUGGAUCAUCCAUGAUUUGUGGACAUUUUCGAUCUCAGGGAAUCAGAAUCCAGCGAGAUCGCAUUCGUAAGAGCCUGACAAGAAUUGACCCGAGAAAUGCAAGAAUUCGAUGGGCUAUUACCAUCUCUCGACGUGCAUACUGUGUGCCUGGCCCAAACAGCUUGUGGCAUAUAGAUGGCCACCAUUCUCUGAUAUCCUGGGGAUUCGUUAUACAUGGGGCCAUUGAUGGCUAUUCACGUUUAAUCACUUACCUCCAUUGCUCAACAAAUAAUCGUAGUGACACAGUAAAAGAACUGUUCCUACGUGCCAUCCAGUCAUUUGGAUUGCCCUCAAGGGUCCGGACAGAUCGAGGUGGGGAAAAUGUUGGCAUCUGGCAAGAAAUGGAAGUAAGGAGAGGCCCUAAUAGAGGAAGCUACUUGGCAGGCACGUCAACCCACAACCAGAGGAUCGAACGGCUUUGGCGGGAUGUCUUUCGCUGUGUAGCCCACAUUUUUUAUUACACAUUUCAGGCAAUGGAAGAGAAUGGUUUAUUGAAUAUGGAUAACCCAAUUCAUAAAUCUGCUCUGCACUAUGUGUUUUUGCCCCGUAUAAACAGAGCUAUAACAAGUUUUAAAACAGCAUGGAAUAACCAUCCUCUUAGAACUGAGCACAACUGGAGCCCGCAAAGAAUCUGGUCCAAUGGUAUGGUUGAUAUCAGAAACCGUACUUUAACUGCAGUAGCAGAUGUAGCUCAGGCAGAGCCAUCUAUUGAUGAUUUAGACUGGUAUGGAUUUGAUCCAGCUGCACCUACACCAAUGGAUGACGAAUUACCCAUAGUGGAAGUUGACGACGACAGUCCACUUUCAGAUCAUAUCUUAGAGCAGCUCUGUACCAUGGUCAAUCCACUACAAGAAUCGAAUCGUUAUGGAAUUGAUAUAUACACACAUUGCCUCGCUAUUCUUCAAGGUUUAGUUACCAGUGAGUAA